AUGGCUAUCGAAGUAGUCGAUCUGACUGUGGCUGAUAUUCCCGGUGCCAUCGAAGUCAUCCAGCAGGCUUUCGCAGACGAUCCAUAUUUCAAAUGGGUCUUUGACGAAUCAAAGACUAACAUCCACUCUCGUACGGGUCUCCGGGCCGAUUACGUUUCCGGUAUAAAACAGUUCAACAAACAAAGAAACUACGAUUCUCUAUCUGUGCGCUGCAACUGGGGUAUCAACAAUGCGCUGUUCCAAGUCGCCAAAGAAUCAACAGACAAGACCAGUCCUAUUCUAGGCGUUUCAUGCUGGCUAGCACCGCACCCAAGCACCCAGCCCGAGAGCUGGUAUAGCUGGUUCCAAUCAUGGAGUUUAUCAUUUAACCAGCUGCUGAAUAACAUCCGGUACUUUGGCCGCGGUGGGCUGCGGACGAAUAGAUACUGGAUUUGGAAAGAGAGGCAGGCGGAGGCCCAGGCUGCUAUCUGGGAUGAUCCGCAGGGCUACUAUUUCUGUAACAUUGUUGCUGUUAGUCCUGAGGCGCAGGGGAGGGGUGUUGGGAGAUUGCUGUUUGAGGCUGUUACGAAGAAGGCGGAUAGGGAGGGCGUGAAGUGUUACUUGGAGAGUUCGAAGAGCGUUCCCAAUGUGGCGAUUUAUGAGCGGAUGGGCUUUAGUAUGAGAAAAGAGAUGGAGUGUCGGGAUGGAGAGGAUGCUUGUAUGUUGUACUGCAUGGUGCGCGAUCCUAAAUAG